GGGAAGUUGCAUGAUCAAGACGAUCAACCCAAUGGCUGACGGCUCUUGCUUCGUUCUGGUUCCCCUCCUGCUCACCUGUGUCUUUCAUGCUGCUGGCAGCAGAGUUGUCUCUCAGAUAGUCCGCCAGAUUCCAAAUUCCGAGGUGGAGGAUGUCCUUUCAAAGCUCCCGAUAACCAUACCAGAAGGAUUUGAUCCCAAGAAUGUGAAUAUAACAACAAUUCACAUCAAAACAUGUACUGGCAUGAAAGAACAACUGGUGCUGCUGGACAAGCAACUUCGGCAGGCUUUUCUUCACAACAGCCAGCUAGAUAGAGAGGCUAUCGGGUUGAGGAGGGAUGUCCGACUUCUGAAAGCGCAGCUUGCUGCAUGCAGCUCCGCGGGCUCGGCUGUUACUGGCUCGCAUCAAGCCCUCUUGCUGGACAAAAUGAGAGAGCUGCUGGACACGGCUGAUAAUGAUGCAUUUCUCAUUCUGAAAACCAUGGCACUCAGCAGAGAAGUGAAGAGUUUAGAGGAUAAGGUCAAACUUCUCAAUUCUACCGAAUCUGCUACUGUGGUCGUAGAGCUGCAGAGGCUGAUACAAGAAAAGACCAGAGAACUGUAUGAGAAGAGGCAACAAAUUGAAAGAAACCCCACAAACUCAACCAUCAUUCUUCAGAUAAUCUCACUGCAAAAUCAGAUCUUUGAUGUACAGCAGAAAGGACCCUGGACAGGAGAAACUGGUCUUCAGUCUGAAAGGAGAAUUCAGGAUCUACAGAAGCAACUCAACCUGAAGCUCCGUUUGCUGCAAGGCAGUGGGUCCCCCAGCUUACUUAUGCUGGAGCUCAUUAGUGUGCAGAGUGAGAUUACAACGAUUCAGAAGAUGAUCAGUGUCCACACUGAAGAUUUCAGAGCCAAAGCUGCCCAAAUCCAAAGGCAAUGGAGUCAAAGGAUGGACCUCCUUCAAAGGAAGAUUAUGCAGUUGAAUCGCGAGAAGCAUAACGCAGAACUUACCAAGGAGAUUUUGCGUCUGCAGAGCGAGGUGGAUCAGUUUGCGGCGUUAAUGGCGAACAUCAACAAGACAUCUGAUCUCAAAAUUACAGAGCUCAGAGCUUUGUUGGAGCAAGCGAAGAAGCGGCAACGCGUUUUAGAGCAGCAGCUCGAGGAAGCCGAUGAUGUCCAUGCCCAACUGAUCAUUAAAAUCAUCGGAAUAAUGGAAGAGGUUAAAGACCACGCCGCAUCAACAGGCCAAGCCACCACUCUUGCCGCUCUGCUUCAAACCAUAAAAAAGGAAUAUGCCAAAGCUCAGACUGACAUAAAAGAUCUGCAGAGGAGACUGCAACUGACGACUGCAAAGUGUUCUGGACUUGAAAGAACAUAUGAAGAUGUGAAGACCGAAUUUGAACGUAAGAUUGCAGACCUGAACCAAACUGAAGACUCCGAAGCAGCGCUCGUUCUGUAUGUGAUACAUCUGCAAGCUGAGAUAAAGGCUUUGAUUAAACAGAUCUCUUCCUCAACUGACCCCGAAAGGAUCUCAGAGCUGCAGAAGAAAAUUAAGAUUAUUGAAGAUAAACUGAAGACCAGGACUGAAGACAUAGAGAGAUUGAUUCCCAGCCCGACAAUAAUUUUAACAAUCAUUGAGCGUUUCAAUGAGUUGUUGGACCUGCAGGAUAAAACCGGCAAUAUGACCAGCCUUGAGGAUGUGGAAGAUUACCUGGAUGGACUGGAUGGCCUUCUAACUGAAAUACACAGCGAUGAUGGACAACACAUAGUGGUGAAAAUCUUGAUGCUGCAGAGUCAGGUGGAUUACCUGCAGAGGCUGCUGUCAGAUUACAGCAAUACAUCACAACCUGGCUACUCACGCACCGAGCUUACAGGCAAGCUAAAGGAUUCGAGGGAGGAGCUGCAGAAAUAUCUCACUCAGUUGAGUGGGAAGAACAGGACAAAUUCCAGAUUAAUUUUGACAGUCACUGAUAUAUACAGCCAACUCAAGAGACUAGAAAGGGAAAAGCCUGCCGAUAAUUCGUCAACGAAAGGUUUGACGACCGAAGACGACAUUUUAGUUGCAGAUCUGAAGCAAGAACUUGAGAGAACAAAAGCGGAGCACUCUCGUUCUCUGGCUGAGAUCCAAAAGCUGCAGAAAAAAUUGCAACUACAGACCAAAGAAUGUUCUGGACUAGAAGAAAUAUAUGAGCGGGCAAAAACUGAAUUUGAACUGAAAAUUGCAGAACUGAACAAAACGGAUGAUUGGAAGGUAGCACUCAUUUUGAAUGUGAUAAAUCUGCAUGAUGAAAUUGUGGCUUUGACGAAUGAGGUCUCUACCUCCGAAGAUAGAGAAACGAUAACUGAGCUGCGAAAACAGCUGGCGAAGAAGCAAGAAGAACUGAACUCCAAGACUGAAGACAUAGAGAGGCUGAUUCCCAACCCAAAUAUAACAAAAAUCAUUGAGCUGCAAAAGGAGAUAUUGGUACUUCAGAGCGAGGAUACCAACGGGACUGCUGGCAGCUACAUAAUAGUGCUGCAAAGCCAGUUGGACAACCUCAUCGGUGAACUAGGUGACAGGAGGCACAAAAACAUAAAACUGAUGCUGAAAAUCUUGACGCUGCAGAGUCAGGUGAAGCACCUGCAGAGACUGCUUUCAAACUCCCAGACGUUAGCAAGCGGCAGGAUAACACAGCUCACAAAUGACCUUCGAAGCACGAUGAAAGAGCUGGAGGGUAAUGUCAGCGAGCUGAAGAAGAAGAACAAGGACAAUGCUGAUCUCAUUUUGAGCAUCACCAAUCUGCAAAUCCAACUCAGAGAGCUUGAGAAAGAAAAGGAAACUGAGGGCCAAACCAGUGCCGCUACAAUUUCCAGGCUGAGGAAACAGCUGUCCAUUAAAGUGGAGGAGUACUCUCGUGACCAGGUGGUGAUUCAAGAGCUGCGGGAAAAACUGAACCAGACUGAAUCAGAGUGUUCUGAUUCUGAGCACAAAAUUAAAGAUUUACAGACCAGCCUGGAUGCCAAACUCGGCGAACUGCAGUCCAAAUCUGACACUAUUACUUCCCUCACUCUUCAGAUUUCCACAUUAAAUGUGCAAGUGGAGGGACUAAAGAAGCAGCUACAAAACACUGUAUCGAAAUCCAAGGUUGACGAGCUUCAGAAACUAUUGGAUGAAAAGAAUGCAGAAUUGGAACAAAAAACACAAGAGCUGAAAGAAAGAAGUGCUCAACCCCAAAGAUUUCUACAGAUUAUUGCAAUACAAACAGAGAUUGAGAAACUGGUUACCGCGGCAGCAAAUGAAUCAGAUUUCGCUAAGCUUGAAGCGCUGCAAGCCCAUCUUAAGGAAUUGAUCGGCGGGAUUCAAGAUGAAAAGGAUGAAAAUACUAAACUGAUGUUUACGAUCUUGGCUCAACGAGAUGAAAUAGCUGGUCUGAAGAAACAAGAAAGCCAAUUAAAGGCAGACGAAGAGAAAAUUAAAGCUCUGGAGAAGGAAGUGGAGGACUACAGAAAGGAGAUUAAAAAAAAGAAAAGUUUGCUUGAUUUGAGAGAUGCAAAGAUUGCUGAACUAACGGCUCAGAUUAGGGCACUUAAUGGAAAAAUCAGACCUUUGGAAGAAGAAAUAUCAGACCUCAAAGAGACGUAUGCUGAGACCCUUGCAGAGGUUCAAGGAAAACUCAAUUUGACGAAAAGGCAACUUCAAGACAGUGAACUGCAACUGAAGAAUGCUGACGCAAAGAAUUUUAACUUGAUAAUGGAGAUCACUGAUCUGAGGGCACAGGUGAAAAAGGCAAAGAAGGAGGGAACCAAAGCUGCUAGGAAAACCAUCAGUGAUCUGGAGCAACAACUACAAGCACAACAAACUGAGAGCGAAAAGCUUGAAAGCAGAGCUAAAGCCUUAGAGCAGGAAGUCAGCAAACUGAAAACGUGCUGCACUGAUUCCAACACCCAGUGUCAAGACUUGCAAAGCCAACUGCAGCAGAAGCAGCAGGAUGCAGGUCGCCUGCAGCAGCAGCUGGCUAAGAAGGAUGCCGACCUGGAGCAGCUGCAGCGGGAGGUUGAAGAGCAGACCCGGGAGAAUAAGAAACUACAAGACAGAUUCACCAAUUUACAGAGACAACUGAUACAGAAUAUGGACACCAAUGAUGAACUACAGCAGCAGCUGAGGGACAAGGAUGUCAAAAUCAACGAGCUGGAGCAGGAGUUACAAAACCAGACCGGGGAGAAUUACCAACUGCAGGACGAUUACAACAACCUGCACAAUGAGAAGAUCCAACUUGAGGAAAAAAUACAAGAUCUCCAGAAGAAACUGGAAGAAAAGAGUAAUGCAGAUGAUGAAACCAUCCAUGCCACAAAGAUGACCUUGGAUCCAGACACCGCUCAUCCAAGGAUAAUUUUAUCUGCUGGUAACACUGAGAUAUCCACCACGGAUGACAUUCAAGGCGUCCCUGACAGUCCAGGACGGUUUGAUGUGACCCUCGGUGUCCUUGGUGCCACUGGCUACUUAUCUGGCAGGCAUUAUUGGGAGGUGUCUGUAGCUGGGAAGAAUUGUUUCCACGUUGGGAUGGCCAGCGAAUCCGCUCCAAGGAAGGGGUCGCUGAGUUUCAAACCUGUGAAUGGUUACUGGACUAUACUCCUGAACAAACAGGGCCAGUAUAAAGCUCUUGACAGGAGGCCGGUCACUAUUCAAACUGUAACGCAACCCGUUACACUGGGAAUCCUGCUGGACUACAAGAAGGGACAGGUCUCUUUCUAUGAUGCCAGUGCCCGAGCUCAUUUGUACUCUUUUAGAGGUCAGAAGUUUACAGACAGAAUCUACCCAUUCGUCAACUUUUGUGUCGAGGUUAACAAUCUAAGACCAUUGAUUUUGCUUCCCCCCGGAUCAGUUGACUGGAUAAAAUAGGGAAAACAUGAAAUUGUGUUUAGUCCUACAUGUCUCUGUAGUCCUCCUGCAGGUUUACUUGCUCACUGUCAAAGGAUUCAGACAAUAAAACAAAUAUACAAUG